CCGGUCAGUGUGAUUGACCGUAUAACCGUUACAGCAAUUUUAAUUCCUUCCUUAAUUUUUCUGCACAAAGAAAAGCCAAAACCCGAAGCCCAAAGAAGAAGAAGAACGAAGAACGAAGAACGAAGAACGAAGAUCGAAGGAAGAACAAACUCUCUCUCUCUCUUUCUUCUUUCUCUCUUUUGAUUAUGUAAAUCAUUCUCUGUAAACGUAAACUCUUCCAUUACUAUUCUAAUCCCAACAGAACAAUGCCUCUGUUUUCACUCUUCUAUCUCUUUCCCAUCAUUUUUCUUCCCUCCCUCUCCUCCGCCGCUGAUCCUUACGUCUUCUACGACUUUCGUGUCUCUUACAUCACUGCCUCUCCCUUAGGCGUUCCUCAGCAGGUUAUAGCUGUGAAUGAACAGUUUCCUGGUCCUCCAAUUAAUGCCACCACAAAUUACAAUGUUGCUGUUAAUGUAUGGAAUGAUUUGGAUGAAAAUCUUCUAAUAACUUGGUCCGGGAUUCAAAUGCGUAGAAAUUCAUGGCAAGAUGGUGUUCUUGGAACCAAUUGUCCAAUUCCUCCAAAGUGGAACUGGACCUACCAGUUUCAAGUGAAGGAUCAGAUUGGAAGUUUCUAUUACUUUCCAUCACUCAAUUUUCAAAAAGCUUCUGGUGGGUUUGGUCCAAUUGUUAUUAAUAAUCGGGAGAUUAUCCCAAUUCCUUUUCCACAACCCGAUGGAGAUAUUUCUAUUAUGAUUGGUGAUUGGUAUAUACGAAACCACACGGCACUCAGGAUAGAUCUUGAUGCUGGAAAGGAACUUGGAAUUCCAGAUGGGGUUCUUAUCAAUGGCAAGGGGCCAUACCAGUACAACACAACUCUCGUACCCGCCGGCAUCCAAUACGAAACUAUUCAAGUUCAUCCUGGAAAAACCUAUCGACUUCGUGUGCACAAUGUUGGGAUUUCUACCAGUUUGAACUUUAGAAUCCAAAGUCAUAAUAUGCUUCUGGCAGAAACAGAGGGACAUUAUACGGUUAUGCAGAAUUACUCAGACUUUGAUAUUCAUGUUGGGCAGUCUUACUCUUUUCUGGUUACCAUGGACCAAAAUGCCAGUACAGAUUACUACAUUGUCGCAAGUGCUAGAUUUGUGAACCAAUCACUUUGGGAAAAAGUAACAGGUGUUGCCAUCUUGCACUAUUCCAAUUCCAAAGGACCAGCAACUGGUCCACUCCCAGAUCCGCCCAAUGAUUUUUACGACAAGGAGAGAUCAAUGAACCAGGCCAGGAGUGUAAGGCAAAAUGUGUCUGCUAGUGGCGCCCGUCCUAAUCCACAGGGAUCUUUUCACUAUGGUCAAAUAAAUGUCACUCAGACAUAUUUGUUGAAGGGUGAACCAUUGGUGACGAUCAACAAAACCACUCGUGCAACCUUCAACGGUAUCUCGUUUAUUCCUCCUCAAACACCAAUCAGGCUUGCUGACCAACACAAAGUUAAGGGAGCAUACAAGCUUGAUUUUCCUGAUAGGCCAUUGAACAGAACACCACGAGCAGAUAUAUCUAUUAUAAAUGCAACAUAUAAAGGAUUUAUUGAAGUGAUAUUCCAGAACAAUGAUUCUAUCAUCCACAGUAUUCAUAUGGAUGGCUAUUCAUUUUUUGUGGUUGGUAUGGGUUAUGGUGAUUGGUCAGAAGACAAAAGAGGUAGCUACAAUAAAUGGGAUGCCAUCACCCGAUGCACGACUCAGGUUUAUCCUGGGGCUUGGACUGCUGUUCUUAUUUCUCUAGACAAUGUUGGAUCAUGGAAUCUUAGAGCAGAAAAUUUGGAUAGAUGGUAUUUAGGUCAAGAAACAUACUUGAGAAUUAUCAAUCCGGAGGAGAAUGGAAAAACCGAGAUGGCAGCUCCUUCAAACGUUCUAUACUGCGGUGCAUUGCGGAGUUUGCAGAAAGAACAGCACCACCACAGCAAUGCCAAAUCUAUCUUGAAGGGACACUCAAAACUCUUCAUCACUCUUCUGAUGGCACUCCUAAAUCUGGUUUUCAUUUUCAGCUAAAAUAACUUUUGUGAUUGAUGAGCAUUGUUUUCAUUACUUCUCAUUAGAGUAAUCGUUGUUGGGGAUCGGUUGCUGGUGAGAUGGCAUUGGUUUCGUUUCGGAAUUGUCCAUUUGAUCAUAUUUGUAUGUAGGCGCAUAUAUACAGUUCAGUUAGGUGUGGAUGAGCCCCAUUUUCUUCGAGAGACUGGUCUAAAUGACGUUCUUUUCUUUGCCCUUUCCCCAACUUAGUAAAAUUGUAAUUUGAAUAGUGUUUCCAGCAAAAAUUUGCAGUCAAUCAUAUCCUUGAGAAGAAUUCCUUCUUGCCAUAUCUUAGACAUAACAGAUGUGUUGAUAAAAAUUCUUCCUCUUGUGGUCAAA